CCCAAAGUGUGUUCAGUUACAUUGUGUGACGGUAAAGAUGGCGGCGCGCGUCCUCUCCCGCUGUGUCCGGUCACUGAACCGCGGUGUGCUGCUGUGUAACCGGUGUGAUGUCACACACACACAGCUUCCUCUCACCGGUCACCGACUGGUCUCUCACCUGGCGGCGGGACACAAGCCGCUGCUCCAGCAGACUCCCGCUGGGAUGCAGUGGCGGCGGUACGGCGACCUUCCACCUUUAACCCUGGAGUCUAUCGGAGACCGCGUGCUCUACGUCCUCAAACUGUACGACAAGAUCAAUCCAGAGCAGCUUCAGGUCACGUCUCACUUCAUGAAGGAUUUGGGCCUAGACAGUCUGGACCAAGUGGAGAUCAUCAUGGCCAUGGAGGAUGAAUUCGGUUUCGAGAUUCCUGAUGCUGAAGCGGAGAAGCUUAUGACUCCUGAUGAAAUUAUUCAGUACAUCGCAGAUAAGAAGGAUGUCUAUGAAUGAGCUGUUUAAUGUUCACUGUACGAAGCGGCGUGUGAGUGACGUCCGUGACGGUUACCGCUAGCCGUCAGAUGUGUUUUGUGUUCAGCUGUAAACAUAAAGGCGUUUAAUCCUGCUGUGGACUUGAUUAGUGUUUGGAGGGAUCUCGCCUUCCUACUGCAGGAUGUUUGGAUACCAUUUAUCGUUCAUUACAAUUAUUAAAGUCUUUACAUCCCGAAUUUA